GGGCGAGUUUGUGGCUCACCUCUCGGCCUCUCGAGCGUUUUGCUCGCCCCGGUGCUGGUGCUGGCAGUGCUGCUGGCGCCGCCGGCGCUGGGCCGGGGCGGCCGGGGUAACGGAGACUGGGAUGCAGCCGCGCAGCUGCCGCCGCUGCCGCCCCGUGAAGACGCGGCGCGCGUGGCUCGCUUCGUGGCUCACAUCUGCGACUGGGGCGCGCUGGCCACCCUCUCCACCGUCCCGGCGGUGCGCGGCCGGCCCUUCGCCAACGUCUUCUCGCUCAGCGACGGGCCCCCCGGCGCGGGCAGCGGCGUGCCCUACUUCUACCUGAGCCCGCUGCAGCUUUCCGUGGGCGACCUGCAGGAUAAUCCAUAUGCUACGCUGACGAUGUCUUUGGCACAGACAGACUUCUGCAGGAAACAUGGCUAUGAUCCUCAGAGCCCCCUUUGUGCUCACAUAAUGCUGUCAGGAAGUGUUGCCAAGGUGAAUGAGACAGAAACAGACUUUGCAAAGCAUGCAUUAUUUGUUCGACACCCUGAGAUGAAGACCUGGCCUUCCGACCAUAAUUGGUUCUUUGCUAAAUUGAAUAUAACCAAUAUCUGGGUCCUGGACUACUAUGGUGGAGCAAAAAUAGUGACACCUGAGGAAUAUUUUAAGGUCACAUUUCAGUAA